GGUGAAUCAAAAGGUUCUGAAUCACUUACUGUUGAUGAAUGUCUUCACAUUCUUAAUCAUAAUUGCACAUCUCCGGAUACCUCUUGGGGUCUAUUUAAUCGAGUUUUCUUUUUUAAUGCAUUAUUUUUUGCAUUACGAGGAGGUGAACAUUACUUUCUUGAAAAAGAUCAUUUUCAAAAGCGUAAAGAUGGAGGCUAUGAUAUUUUAAUUUAUAAGUCAAAAACAAAUCAAUGUGGAAUUGAUAACCCUGGACAAGCUGAUCGAAUAUCUGUUCCUAAUCUUGAUCAUAUUAAUAGUAUAUAUGAUAAAUAUUUUAUAAAACGUCCAGUUAAUGCAGAUCCACAUUUUUAUCUUCAAGCUAUUAAUAGCAAACCUGAGGCAUCUGGUAUUGAUAUAACUGGUCAUAAAAUAACAAACCAAAGUGGCCGCAAAACAACGAUUCAGCUAUUAAAGUCAUUUGGUGCUAGUGAUUACGAAUGUAUGACAAUUUCAAGACACAAAUCUCAAGCAGGUUUUCAACAAUAUGAAAGACCUAAAAAUAAUGUUCAAAUAACUACACUUGAUUCAAACAAUCUAUUGCUUACUAAAAAGGCUACUAUUACGGCACCUACACAAGUUCCAAAUUCUAUUACAGCACCAACUUUUAUAAGCGCAAAAAAAAUAUUACAAGUUAAGUUUACUGGAAAUUCUGGUGAUUAUCUUAGCAAAUUUGUGUUUUGGUCCACUAAACCGUCAAAUCCGUUGGAAGAAAUGAUCAUGAUCGCAAAUAAAUAUCUUCCAAAGUGUUCUGAUAAUGAUUCUUUAAAAUGUAAAUAUGUUCUUGCCAUCGAUGAAAUCGAGUUAAUUACUCAUUUCACGCAAGUUGCUGCAAGUCUUCGAAAACAUAAGCCAACAUUGAUGAGAAACUGUGAAGAAUAG